UUAUGCGUGAUACCAUGUACCUCUAGUCCAUACUCUUUGCCUCUAGUCUCCAUGCGUGAUAUCUCCUCUGGUGAUACCGUCAUGGGAAGUAGCCGGUAUAAUCAAAAAUGGCGUCGAUUAUGUUUUUUAGGUUAUUGACAAAACGUAAAUUGCUAUCUAAAUAUAAAAGAAGUCUGUGUAUCCCUCGUAUAUCAAGUUGUAAAUACAGUACCCAGAAUCGACAGCUCGAGAAAUCAGAAGUCCGCGUUAAUCUUAGUAAUGGGAAUGAACUCACAUUCUCGACGGGUCAAUACGCCAAACUGGCAGAUGGAUGUGCGGUAGCAUCGAUUGGUGACACCGCCGUUAUGGUCACAACGGUCAGUAAAGUGAGAGCUUCAAAUAACUUAUUUUUACCGCUUGUCGUCGACUACAGGCAAAAGGCAGCAGCCGCCGGUCGAAUACCUACAAAUUUUUUCCGCAAGGAACUGGGUCCCACCGAACAUGAGAUCCUGACCAGUCGCCUAAUCGACCGUUCCCUGCGUCCGCUAUUCCCAGACAAAUACUGCUAUGACACUCAAGUGAUGUGCAACAUUUUGGCUGUCGAUGGAGUCAAUGACCCAGAUAUAAUUUCGAUAAACGCGGCAUCGGCAGCUUUGUCUUUGUCGGAUAUUCCUUGGAAUGGACCGGUCGGUGCUGUCAGAGUGGGAUUAGUGGAUCAAGAAAUCCUUAUAAACCCGACGAGAAGGCAGAUGCAAAAAAGUGAUCUGAAUCUAAUAGUCAGCGCAAUGGCGAACAGUCUUAUUGUCAUGCUCGAAGGCUCUGCAAACGAUAUACUUCAGCCUGAUUUUUUCAAGGCGUUAAAAGUUGGUGUCAAAGAAUGUCAGAACAUUGUACAGAGCAUAUUACAGUUGCAAAAGCAAUACGGCAAAGCUAAAAGACAAAUCCAGGCAAUUCCUGAGACACACGAAGAGAUCAAAGAGUCCAUAAAAAUUCUCUCAGAAAUGAGGCUGCGGGAAAUAUUCAGAGAUCACAAACAUGAUAAAAUAUCACGAGACAAUGCAGUGAAUAACAUAAGAACUGAUGUCAUUGAGAAAAUUAAACAGGAACAUCCCAAUAUCGAUUCUACUGUUGUAUCGGAAGAAUUUUCAGCGCUAAGCAAAGAGAUAUUCCGGUCGCUCAUCUUUGAAGACAAUGUAAGGUGUGACGGGCGAGAGCUUCAUGAAUUGCGCGACAUAUCGUGCCAAGUCAAUCUUCACAACCCCCUCCAUGGGUCUGCAGUAUUCCAGAGAGGACAAACGCAAGUGUUCUGUACAGUAACUCUAGAUUCACCGGAAAGUGCUCUGAAACUGGAUACCAUUUCUAUGCUGACAAGUGGAAUAAAGGAAAAAAAUUUUUUCUUGCACUACGAGUUUCCACCAUUUGCAACAAAUGAAACUGGACGUUCAGGACCGAGUGGACGAAGAGAGAUUGGUCACGGUGCUCUUGCCGAGCGAGGAUUACGUGCUGUUCUUCCCAAAGACUAUCCCUUUACUAUAAGGCUCACCAGCGAGGUAUUAGAGUCCAAUGGCUCUUCGUCAAUGGCAUCUGUUUGCGGUGGAAGUUUAGCCCUGAUGGAUGCUGGUGUUCCAAUAACCACAGCAGCUGCGGGGGUAGCGAUGGGUUUGAUUACAAAGUAUGAUGAAACUAAGCAGAUCAACGACUACAAAGUCCUCACAGAUUUAUUGGGUAUCGAAGACUACAUGGGCGACAUGGACUUCAAACUAGCGGGUACAAAGAAAGGGAUCACGGCCGUACAAGCGGACAUCAAAAUUCCCGGGAUUCCGUUAAAAAUUGUAUUUGAAGCAUUGCAGCAAGGCCAUAACGCGAAAUCAAAGAUUAUUGAGAUCAUGAAUUCUGCGAUCGCCAAGCCGAGAGAAGUGAAAAAACCAAAUAUGCCUGUGUCGGAAAUGCUUGAAGUACCCAUUCAUAUGCGAGCCAAGUUUGUUGGAAUUUCAGGCUCGAAUCUUAAAAAAAUACUCGUCGAAACUGGAGUUCAGGUGAAUCAAGUCGAUGACACGAUCUUCUCACUGUUUGCUCCUAAUCAAACUGCAAUGGACGAAGCAAAAGAAAUAAUUGAUCGGAUUCUUACUGCGGAACGUGAGCCAGUUUUAGAGUUUGGGGCAAUUUAUAAUGCCAAGAUUGUGGAGAUUCGUGACUUAGGAGUGAUGGUCACAUUGUAUCCGAGUAUGAAUCCGGCAUUGUUGCAUAAUUCGCAGUUGGAUCAACGGAAAAUAAAUCAUCCAAGUGCUCUGAAUUUCGAAGUUGGUCAAGUGAUACAUGUUAAAUAUUUUGGCCGAGAUCCUGUAUCAGGAGCGAUGAGGUUAUCGAGAAAAGUUCUACAAAGUGGUGCUGUCGCGCCUGUGAAAAACUUUACAAAUUCGUGAAUAAGCGAUAUCUAGAACAAUAACAAAACGAAUUGCAAGCCAUGAUUUUUUACUUAUGAGCAGGUCGUUCAGGGUGUGUACGAUAUGUACUAUAAAGCUAAUAAAAAAUCAUUGUUCGCAGCAAAAUCGCUCGCGGCAAGUGGAUUUAACCAAUCAAGAAAUCGCAUUCCGAUUUUAGAACAUAACUACUUAUUACAUAUUGUAUCAAGUAAUUAGAUGUUUGUUCGAAAUACCAUAGGUUGUAAAUAUAUCUUGAAUUUAAUUACA